UUAACUUAAAAAAAAAUAUUUGGCAGUCUGAGCGGAAUUACUUCUCCAGGAUGGGGAACAAACUGGGAUAAAGAUUAAAGAGACAAAGCUAGGAAUGGAAGGAGGUAGGGAGGAUAAUGGAAAGACAGAAAGAAGGCGGGAAAAAUCCGAGAGAAAUUAAACAGCCAGUUUUGGGUAGAGAUAGCCAACGGCGCCCCCGCCUGGGCACUGCGCGCAGCAUCGACGUCGAACUACAUUUCCCGGCCGGCCUAGAGCGCCGUCGGGGACCAGCCCCGCGCAGACUAGUCCAAUCUCGGCAGUCGCCGGCAAUCUUCGGCCUCCCCCGGCAACAUGGAGGGUUGAGCUCGGCAGCCUCCGGGAAGAGGCGCUGUAAGGGAGGAGAUGGGGAAGAACCGCAGCCCCACCCGCCCAGCUGAAGCAGCCGCCCGCGUCGCGGUCCGGAGGGCCCAUUUGGAUAACCCAGGAUAAUCUUUCCAUCUCAAGAUUAUUCACUUACUCACACCCCAGUGUCCCUUUUGCCAGGCAGAAGCAGUGUGGCAGGAAAGGCCAAGAGGCUGCCCUUGUGGGCACACUGAUAGCUACUGUGGAAACUGGUACUGUGGAGAGACUUCAUCAAGGUGCGUGGCUCAGGGAGGCAGAAUGAAGACCACUUCCUGCCUGCAGGUGUCGGGGAAGGCACCCCUUGGUGGGAUUGGCCUCCGCCACAGUGCCAAGCGGGACCGAAGGUCCAUCACCCUGCAGAUGAAGUUAGAGGUGCUUCGGAGGUUUGAGGAAGGUGAGAAGCUGACUCAGAUUGCCCGGACCCUGGGGCUAGCCAUCUCUACUGUUGCCUCAAUCCGCGUCAACAAGGACAAGAUCCGGGCCAAUUCUCAGGCAGCCACACCGGUCAGUGCCAUGCAGCUGACCCGCUGCCGGGGUGUGGUGAUGGGCCAUAUGGAACGCUUGCUGAGCCUAUGGAUCGAGGAGCAAAAGCGGCAGAAGCUGCCCAUCAGCACACUGCUCAUCCAGGACAAGGCGCGGCGGCUCUUCGUGCAGCUGCAGCGCGAGCAGGGCAGUGGCACUCAGGCCGAGACCUUUGGGGCCAGUAAUGGCUGGUUCGCCCGGUUCAAGGCUCGCAACAAUGUGCUUUUGACAGAUGAGCCAGCCGUGGCUGACACCCAGGCUGCCGCCCACUAUCCCCCGGUGCUGCGCACCAUUCUGGAGGAGGGCCGUUACUCCCCACGCCAGGUUUUCAACGUGGAUGAGACAGGCCUGUUCUGGAAGCGGCUGCCAGAGCGCAUGUUGCUGGCACUGGAGGGGGCAGCUGGGCCUGGCCUCAAGGCCUCUAAGGACCACCUUACCCUGUUGCUUGGUGGCAAUGCAGCAGGUGACUUCAAACUGAAGCCUCUGCUCGUGUACCCCUCGGAGAAUCCACGUGCCCUCAAGGGGUGCUCCAAGGCCAGCCUCCCAGUGGUCUGGCGCUCCAACCGCAAUGACUGGCUGACACCCAGCAUCUUCCAGGAGUGGUUUACUGGCUGCUUCUGUCCCGCCGUGGAGAGCUACUGUACCAGCCAUGGCCUCCCACACCGUGCCCUGUUGCUCCUGGACAGUGCACCCUGCCACCCUGCUCACCUGGGUGGCCUCUCAGCCCACGUGAGAGUCGAGUUCCUGCCCAAGAACACAUCAGUCCUGAUCCAGCCCAUGAACCAGGGUGUCAUUGGCACAUUCAAGGCCUAUUAUCUGCGCCGCAUGCUCAGCCAGCUGGUCCGGGAGACGACCGGCGAAGACCGACCCUCUGUGCGGGAGUUCUGGCGCAGCUACACUGUUGUGACUGCUGUGGACAACAUAGCCGGAGCCUGGGCAGAGCUGCAGCCCGCCGUCCUGAACGGUGCCUGGCGGAGGCUCUGGCCCGAGUGUGUCCCUGCUGGCGCCCCUGAGCCUGACACUGUGCCUCAGCUCCGCCGCAGCAUUGUGGCGCUAGCUGGGCGUGUGGGCCUUGGAGAUGCAGCUGAGGCUGAUGUCGCCAGCCUGCUGCAGGCCCACGGGGAGCCCCCACCCCACAGCACCCCCCAGGAUGCAAAGGAUGGGGAUGUGAGUGGUUCUGGGCUGCCCUGGGAGACAGGGAAUGGCCCGGUCUCUAGAAAACGAGAGCCAGAUUUCACAGAGGCUGUAGUGGGUGCAGAGACUGAGGAAGCUGGUGUGGGUGCUCUGAGCCCUGAGCAUCUCACCCAGGCCCUGUCUCACUUUGCUGCCGGUUUACGGGUCCUCGUAGAGAAUGAUCCAAACCGGGAGCGCAGCCUGCGGGUCUCCCGGGGUGUCCACUGCGCCCUUGCCUGCCUCCGGGAGCUGCACCGGGAAAGGAGGCGACAGGCUCGGGCAGCUGCCUCAGAAGGCCCUGCGGUGCUGGGAGCAAGGGAGUUGGCAGGAUGCCUGCCAUUGUUCCAAGUGGGGCUCAUAGAGGGUGGGCAAGUGGCUAAGGGCACAGGUCCUGAAGGUCAGACCUCUGGCUGUCCUGUAUGAUUCGGGGCUUGGGCUUGACCUCACAUGAAUUCUAUCUAAUAUAAUAAUGUUUUGUUUCUGGA